CCAUUGCGGCGCCCCCUCAGCGCCGCCUCCCGCCUCCUGCGCCCGGCAUCGCCUCCCGCUCGCGCCGCUCCCGCCAUGACCGAUGCGGCCGUGUCCUUCGCCAAGGAUUUCCUUGCCGGCGGGGUGGCGGCCGCCAUCUCCAAGACCGCCGUCGCCCCCAUCGAGAGGGUCAAGCUGCUGCUGCAGGUGCAGCACGCCAGCAAGCAGAUCUCCGCCGACAAGCAGUACAAGGGCAUCAUCGACUGCGUGGUGCGCAUCCCGCGGGAGCAGGGCAUCCUCUCCUUCUGGCGCGGCAACCUGGCCAAUGUGAUCCGGUACUUCCCCACCCAGGCCCUCAACUUCGCCUUCAAGGAUAAGUACAAGGAGAUCUUCCUGGGCGGCGUGGACAAGCGAACCCAGUUCUGGCGGUACUUCGCCGGUAACCUGGCAUCCGGGGGUGCCGCCGGCGCGACCUCCCUCUGCUUCGUGUACCCCCUUGACUUUGCCCGAACCCGCCUGGCUGCGGAUGUGGGUAAAGCCGGGGCCGACCGGGAGUUCAGCGGGCUCGGUGACUGCCUGCUCAAAAUCUUCCGCUCAGAUGGCCUUAAGGGCCUGUACCAGGGCUUCAGCGUCUCUGUCCAGGGCAUCAUCAUCUACAGAGCCGCCUACUUUGGCAUUUACGACACCGCGAAGGGCAUGCUUCCAGACCCAAAGAACACCCACAUUGUUGUUAGCUGGAUGAUUGCUCAGACGGUCACUGCUGUGGCUGGUUUGGUCUCCUACCCUUUUGAUACAGUUCGUCGUCGCAUGAUGAUGCAGUCUGGCCGUAAAGGAGCUGACAUUAUGUACUCCGGCACUCUUGACUGCUGGCGGAAGAUUGCCCGGGAUGAGGGCUCCAAGGCCUUUUUCAAAGGUGCAUUGUCAAAUGUACUCCGAGGAAUGGGUGGUGCUUUUGUCUUAGUCUUGUAUGAUGAAAUCAAGAAGUAUACAUAAGUUGUUUCCUGUUGUGAACUGGCAUGUUGUUCUAUGUAAUCUAUGACCGUUCAUGGACUUGUUUGAAAAGCAUCUAGUUACUAAACAGUGGCGGCUGAUGUUUAUACAGGUUGGCAUGGGGCAGGGGUGACUGCCUGCCCUGUCUUUAUCAAGCUGUUCCCCCUGAGGGACUCAUGAUGGUUUCUAUUUCAGUCACUCCUGCUUAAACAGUACAGAGAAAUAAAAAUCUGAAACCAA